CGGAAGUUUCUGCCUUUCUCUUUGCUCUCUCGACUCUCUCUUUCCCUCCUCCGCGUGUGUUUGCUCAUGUUUAUCUCCGGAUUGCUCACACACACACACACACACACACACCGCCAACCAAGAUGACUUUAAAACGGCUUUAAACGUUGGACCCCAGGCCUUGAUGACGAUCUCACUACUGUGUAUGAGGCCUUGAUCACACUCCCUGCCCACACACACACACACACACAAAUCCUCCGGAUGGAUCCCGGUACAGGAUCCAAAAAGACAGUAUGGGGUAACCUGCGGCAGAGAGCCAAGCCACUGAUCCACUACGUCCGUGGUAACAGUCAGAGACACAUCAAGUCGCAGGUUAGACCAGAGCGAGUGUUGGACCAAAGGUCGAGCUCUUCAGCACCUGCUUCCCCAUCACAACCAGCCCGCCAGCCUGCCGCACUCGGUUCCUCCACACCUGACAAUCAGUGUGUGUUAGAGACAGUGGGCGGAGCCCAGCGUUCUGAUUCGCCGACUGGGCCCACAGCCUCAUCUGACUGGAUACCUCCAGACUUGGUUGAAGGCGGUCUGGAUGAGGAGCAGGACUUCUUGGACGCUGUAGAUGAGAUGGUGCUCCUGCCAGAGAGCUCAACAGAGAAGCAGCAGGUGGAGAACCAUGACGCUGAUUCUCUGCACGAUCCUGAGCAACAUACCGUCGUGGACAUGGCCGGGGAGAGCGGGAGUGUCAGUGAGAAUCAUAAGGAACCUCAGAAAUCCUACUUGCUCUCCAUUAACCUGAAAGAGGGCCGAGGCCUCGUCAUCAGAGACCGCUGUGGUACCAGUGACCCGUACGUGAAGUUCAAGCUGGAGGGAAAGACGUUGUAUAAAAGCAAAGUGAUGUAUAAGAACCUGAACCCAACAUGGAAUGAGUUUUUCUCCUUCCCCAUCCGUGACCUACAAAAGAAACUGCACAUCAAGGUCUAUGAUCGAGAUCUGACCACAGAUGACUUCAUGGGCUCCAGCAGUAUUCUCCUGAGUGACCUGGAACUUGAGAAGACAAUAGAAAUGGUGCUACCUCUCACCGACCCAAACAGUCUGGAGAAUGAUAUGGGUGUGAUUAUCAUUGAUAUUAGCCUGUCAGUCAGAGACGGAGAAAACAAACGAAAUAAGUGGGUUCAGAAGCGGAAGCGAAGUUUGAAGUCGAGCUCGUCCCCACAGACCCGACGUCUCGCUGACUCUAUGAAAAAGAGCCAGCUGUGGACUGGAGUCCUGAGCAUCACGCUGGUGGAGGGACGCAAUCUACCCGACGAUGGACCUGGAGACGUGUUUGUUCGUUUCAAACUCGGAGAGCAGAAAUACAAGAGCAAGAGUCAGUGCAAAAAGGCCAACCCUCAGUGGAGAGAGAGGUUCGACUUAAACCAGUUUUUGGACGGGCCAAACUUUCUGGAGAUAAGCGUCUGGGCCAAAGAGGGACGGAGAUACGAGGAAUGCUAUGGACAGUGUGACGUUGACAUAUCCGGGUUGAAGGUGGACAAAUGUCAGUUGUUCACAUCCAGCUUGGACCAAUGUCGAGGCAAAUUGGUUUUCCUUAUCACUCUGUCGAGGUGCAGCGGCGUGUCCAUUACUGACCUGUGGACGCCUCCACUGGAGGAGCCACAUGAGAGAGAAAACAUGAUAAACAAAUAUAGCUUCAGGAACUCCUUGAAGAAUGUAAAGGACAUUGGCUUCCUUCAGGUCAAAGUGAUCAAGGCUUCAGACCUCAUAGCUGCAGAUUUAAAUGGGAAGAGUGAUCCGUUCUGUGUGCUGGAGUUGGGAAAUGACCGAUUGCAGACUCACACAGUCUACAAAACUCUUUACCCUGAAUGGAAUAAAGUCUUUACGUUUCCAGUCAAGGACAUCCAUGAUAUAUUGGAAGUUACGGUCUUUGACGAGGAUGGAGACAAGGCUCCAGAUUUCCUAGGGAAAGUGGCCAUUCCUUUACUCUCAAUACGGAACAGUCAGCUGAUUUCUUGCCCAUUGAAGAAAGAGGACUUAGGAGGAGUAUCCAAAGGAAACAUUUUGUUAGAGCUUGAGGUCAUCUUUAAUCCUAUUAAAGCAAGCAUCAGGAGCUUCAACCCAAAGGAGAGGAAAUUCCUUGAAGAAAAUGCUAAGUUUUCCAAAAAGGUCCUGGCCAGAAAUGUUCUCCGUGUGAGGAACAUCUACAGAACGCUGAGUCAAAUCUUGCAGUAUAUCAAGAGCUGUUUCCAGUGGGAAAGUGUCCAGAGGAGUAUCUUUGCAUUUGUGAUCUUUGUGCUCACAGUGUGGUACUGGCAGUUCUACAUGCUGCCUCUGUUCCUGGUCAUACUGCUCACGUGGAACUAUGCUCAGGUCGCCUCUGAGAGAGGCGGCCAGGAAAUGGACAGUAUGGACAGUGAUGAUGAAGAUGAAGAUGAGAGGGAAUCUGAGAGAAGAGGUUUGAUAGAGAAGAUUCACAUGGUCCAGGAUAUUGUUGUCACUGUCCAGAACUUGUUGGAGGAAAUUGCCUGCUUUGUUGAGAGAAUAAAAAACGUAUUUAAUUGGUCAGUGCCGUUCCUGUCAAACCUGGCCUUCCUGGUUCUCAUUGUUGUCACUAUGAUCACAUACUUCAUUCCAUUGCGCUACAUUAUUCUGCUUUGGGGUAUAAAUAAAUUCACGAAGAAACUACGGAAUCCAUAUGCUAUUGAUAACAACGAAGUGAUGGAUUUCCUCUCCAGGGUGCCUUCAGAUGUCCAAAAGGAACAGUAUUUGGAGCCUAAGCCUGUCCACAUUCACACUUCUUACAGAAAGAAGAGAGCUGUCCAGUAGAUCCAGAUCUGAGCUCAUCUUCAGAGACUCAGUUGGUAUCAGAAACACUACAAUUCCACUCAGUUCACCAUAUUUCUUCUUAAUUGUAAAAUUGUAGAAAUUCCAAAGUGCUUUAUUUAAAAAGAGUUUCAAUGAUGUGUUCAUUUUAAAAUCACUUAAUUAUAUUCCAUUGUUCGUAUUCUGCGUGCUGUGCAAUGUUCCAAACUUAUCCCUACUAGGGUGGUUACUAGUAGGUUAGUGCCAAAGAAACUAAAACUUAGAAGGAUUUUUGAUUGUCUGACCUAAGCAGACUUGGAUUGUGUUUUUUUUUAUAUAUUUAGAUCACAUUGUAUUGAAUGUGCAGUUGAUACUCCACAGCAGGGGUAGGCAAGUUCGGUCCUAGAGAGCCACAGUCCUGCAGAUUUCAGCUCCAACCCUAAUCAAACACACCUGAACAAGCUAAUCAAGAUCUUCAGGAUUACUAAGGCUACAGGCAGGUGAGGUUUUUUUUCAGGGCUGGAGCUGAAAUCUGCAGGACUGUGGCUCUCUAGGACCGAAAUUGCCUACCCCUGCUCCACAGGAAACACUGAUCUAAUUUUGACUGAUGGGGGGGAAAAACCCACACUGCACCUAGACACUAUGGUUACAUUGAUAUUUAAAGACUUCCAAGUUGCUAAUUCCUGAGUUAUAAGAGAGUGCAAUAUACGUGAAGUCUAUCUGGCCAGUUUGCAUUUUGUGGUGUAGCUGGACAUGUGUAUAAUGUUUGUGGAAUUCACAGUAAGCCUUAGUGGUGGUGUUUUAAACUAUUCAUCAAAGAUUAAUGUAACUUAUAAGAGAUUUACACUUCAAAUGUUGAUAUAUUUUUGUACUUUUAAGAAUUUUAUAAUGCUCAUGUGUCAUUAUGAUUGUAAUAUAUAUAUAUAUAUAUAUAUAUAUAUACACUACCAGUCAAAAGUUUGGACACAUCUUCUAAUUCCAUGGUCUUUCCUGAUGUUUAUUUCUUUCUACAUUGUAAAACAAUGCUGAAGGCGGCCGAAAUGCACAAUAAUGUCCUUUGAACAGUUGAUAUUGAGAUAUGUCUGCUACUGAUGCUCUGUAAAGCCUUCAUAACGGCUCUAAUCUGAGGUGCUGUUGGUGAAUUGGUGAUUUCUGAGGCUGGUAACUCUAAAUGAACUUCUCCUCUGCAGCAGAGGUAAGUUUUGGUCUUGCUUUACUGGGAUGGUCUUCAUGUGAGCCAGUUUCAUCAUGGAGCUUGAUGGGUUUUGCAAAUGCACUUGACAAUACUGUUCUUGCAAGAACUAUUCCAGAACACCUGACCUUCGUGUCUUAAAAUAACAGCUGACUGUUUUUUGUUGUCAUUACAUAUGGAUUACUUAUGUCCAUGUGUGUUAUUUCAUAGUUUUGAAAUCUCCAGUAUUGCUCUAGAAUGUAGAAAAUAAGUCAUUAAACAUUGAAUUAAAAGGUGUGUCCAAACGUUUGACUGGUAGUGUAUGAAUAUAUAUAUAUAUAUUUCAGAUCCAUAGGGCACAUUAAGAAGCAGUGCCUUCUGUAUAUGCUGUAAAAUUGUAAAUAAAUUGAUUUCAAGCUGCACUUUCCAAACCAAAUACAUACAUACUAAUAUGUGUUACAGAUUCAUGCUGGAGAUUAUUGAUGAUAUUGACAGUUGUAUUCCUUGUUUACCAUUAACCAUAUGGUUUAAUUAUUUUCCUUAUGUGUAACAAAAUCUACAAUACAUUACAGACUCUAUAUGGUUUCUUAUAGCGUGCACAGCAUCUUGAUCUUUUGCACAAAGAAAGUAAGUAAGGUCACUAAAUCUGACUCAGUGUUCACUGUACAGUGGUCCUGAACACAAUAAACUCACAGUCAAGCAGCAAAAAAAAAUCCUUGUGUUUAUUUUUGUUUGAUUAAUGUUUAGAUGAAUCACAGAUUGCAAACUAUAAAUCAUAUAAAGAGUGAUGUUUUUUUUCUGAAUUUGAGAUUAUUAUUCAAAUAAAAAUGGUGUGUUUUCCUCUGGGCAUAUACAAAGGAUUAUCAAUAAUAUCAUAUUGUACUGAUAAUGUGUUUUCAUUCCUGUUCACAAGGACAGUCAUUUUGGUUGUCUGAAUCAAACAAAUAAAAAA